UUGCGUAAUUGCGUGCACGUCCCUAAUAAACUAACACACAUAUCUAUCUGUCAACAUGACGGCCCAUAUUAAACCCCUCCGGCCUCCGUCCCCUUCCUUCACUCUCUCUCUCUCUCCCCAAUUUUCUUUCUAGAGCGAGAGCUCAAAAAACAUACAUAACAAAAAUCAAGGGUCGAGAUUUGAUCAUUUUUUCUGAUCAUAUUACAUGGACCGUCGAUUUUCUUCCGCCGACACAGAGGAGUACGCCGAGCCCGUGUCGGAAAAUGGGCCGGACUCGCCCUCCUCAGGGGACGACAUGACCAAGACGGCCAAACCAUCACCCAAGAAAAGCAAGAGAGGAGUUCAGAAGAGGGUGGUGUCAGUGCCGAUCGGUGACGUGGAGGGAUCUAAGAGCAAAGGGGAGGCAUAUCCGCCGUCGGAUUCGUGGGCCUGGAGGAAGUACGGCCAAAAGCCCAUCAAAGGAUCUCCUUAUCCCAGGGGAUAUUAUCGGUGUAGUAGUUCGAAGGGGUGCCCGGCGAGAAAACAAGUGGAGAGAAGCCGCGUGGACCCCACCACGCUAAUAAUCACCUACGCCUGCAAUCACAACCAUCCCGUCCCCACCAAAUCACACUCCUCCACUUCAGCACCCGCAUCCGCCACGUCAGCUGCCAUGAUCUCCGACGAAGUCCUGGCCAAAACUCCGGCCGAGAUCGUGGUCUUCUCCGGCGAAUCCGACAUCGAGAUCGGCGACGCCUUGCUGGACGGCUACCACCACCAGUGGUUCGACGACGUGGCUUCGACGGCCGUGCUCGAGAGCCCGAUCUAUGGCGGCGCUUACGUGGACGCCGACGUUUCGACGGCGUUCUCGGCAGUGAGCGGAGAGGACGAGUCUCUGUUCGCGGAUCUCGGGGAGUUGCCGGAGUGCUCGGUGGUUUUCCGGCGGCGGAUCGUGGAACCGGAAGAGCAGAACCGGAGGUGUGGGUUGAGCGCGGUUACAGGAUGAGAGACUCUGGUCUGGACCACGCAUUAUCCUUCUUCGCUUACUUUGUUCGAAUCAAAAUGUUAACCUCAAUUGAGAAAUCACAAAUUUUAUUGUAAAAAAAAUGUUACCUUC